CGCUGCGGGGCUGCGCACCGGAGCAGCGCGCGUUGGCGUGGGUCAGCUGCCCUCCGCAGGAAUGUGCCGGAACAGCAGGAUGGAAACUUAGCAACCGUGCGGCGGCGCCAGCUUCUCGUCGACCCCCCCCCCUCGACAACCAACCAACGAGACCAGCAACACCCCCUCCCCCCGUCAUAUAUCGCAUAAUAAGCCUCGAAAACAACAUGGACGAACACCGGAGCGACAUGACGGUUUGACUCCCCGAAGGGCUCGUACGUGCGAGAAGCCCCUGUCCUCUCCGCGGAGUCACUCCUCCCCCGCCGGCUGAAAAUUGGUGCCGCUGCUGGCGGGGCCGCCGGACGGCUUGCUGCGUCGACGCGAGGCCGAGGCUGCGCGGCCUGCAAUUCGCGCCUCCCUCCUCUCGAUGGCGCAGGAGGAGCGGAUGGAGGUGGACCAGUGCGCCUGCGCGGCGGCCGGCGCGGCGAUGGCGGCUGCCGGCGGGGGAGGGGCGGUGCUGCGCAGGUCCAACAGCGCCCCCAUGAUCAGCAACAUCAGCGACUCAUCUCCAGUGUUUCAGCCAACGUCGCUCCGGUGUCGGAGGAGCAGUGCCUCAGUAAACCUCAGCUGUCCGAGCUCGUCGUUCCCGCUGUCACCAUUCCGAACAUUCAGCAGCAGGAUUGACCAGAUUCGGCAGGAGGAGAGCAUGGAUGUGAUGAAUCGGGAGGCUGCACAUGAAAGAGGGAUCCACACAGCCAUGCAAAUGAGCUGCUCACGGGAGGAUGGUUUUGCACUGUGUGACCAGAUGGUGACUGCUGAGCAGGAGGACCAGACUUUGACUUUGCAGAGGGAGGAUAUUUUCCCCUUGUCUCCCUCUCCUUCUCCGACGCGGAUUGGCAAGCAGUACUUCUCAUCAUCCCAGCCGAUUCUGAUACCCAAAGGUGGCAUCACCCCAAAUUCCUCUCCAAGUCCCACUCGCCGUAUUGCAAGCAGGAGGAGUGUCAGCCCGAGUGUUGCUAUACGACCCAGUGCCUUGGGACCAUUGAAGAGGAAAGGGGACAUGGAAGUGGAUUCUCCCCCAAAGAAAUUGUUUGUCAGUGGCGUUCCUGGGAUCGGAAAUGCUGAGACUCCUCUGAUAACACCAUUGCUUUCACACAGCCUGGAAUGUGUGAACAGCAGCCCUCCACAGACCGUGCCUCCAUCAGGGCCUUAUGUCGCAGCUUCACCAUCCGCUGCCGAGAUCGGUUUCACUUCGCCAUUCGCCUCUGUGGCUCACCCCCCUGGAAUGUGAACAAAAGAGACAAUCACCCUUAUUCUAAGAGAUGGGCUACACAAAGCACUUUGUUAGAGGAGACUGUAUAAUAGCAUUCCUAAUCAGUAUUUUAUAGUCGAUUGUAUAGUUAAUUAGUGAAAGAAACCAUUCAAGGGCGGUCAGUGAGCAAGGGAACAGAAUUUGCUCCUGCCUGCCACUUGGCCUGGAACUGCACAAUUCAUGGUUGGAGCUAACCUGACUCUUCGUCAUUUGGGUUCAGACCUAGUGCCUGCCCACUGUACAUACCACUGUAUGAAUCGCUGUAGAAAAAUUAAGUUGUUGUGAAGUUAUAAGAGAGUUGAUGAAGCUAUUCUUGCCCUGCGUGUGUGUGUGUGUGUGUGUGUGUGUGUGUGUGUGCGUGCGUGCUUGCGUGCGUGUGUGUAUACGUACAUAUGUUUAUACACCAAUAGGGCUGGAGCCUGUGAUAAAACAAGGUUGAUCACUGUCAACCAUUUUAAGUAUGACUUAGGACAAGGUUCUGCAAACAUGACGAUCAGACAUAAUGAAAAGAGCUGCUGUUGGGGCCAAUCAUUACUGUGUUGGCUAGUGAGCUUUGCUAGUGGGAGUAGAGGGGAGGGAGGGGGUUGGUGUGAAGUGUGCUCCUGCGACUCUUCAAAGAGGCAUGUUUCUACAGUGAGCUGGGCGCUUCUGGCUACAUUGAUGGUAUAUGCAGAAUGUCAUGACAUAUACAAAUGGUGACUUCCACCAGCUUCAAAACACAGAUUGCUUCAUGGCUUGCUGUUGCUUUAUCUGAUUCUACUUUCUGUGAAGUUGGUUCCUGGAUCAUUUAACCAAAUAUUUUCAUAUCAUUUGGGUUAUCUUGCAUGUUGAACUCACUUGUCCUAUUCAAACUACCUUCAACAAGGGAAAUCAGCAGAUUAUAAGGGUUGGGCAGAUCACUGUUGCUGUGAGAACCAUCACAUGGGCAUGUGGUUGCUCUUUAGGAUGCAAAUAUGUUCAUGGCAUACAUUGUGAUUCUCCUGUAGUUUCCUCCCAAUACAAUUGAAUCCCUGUAUAAUAUUACAUUCAGCACGCUGUAAUUUCCUUAUUGGAAUAAUAUAUCAAACAUUGUGUUCUGGGACUAACUUUGCUCGUCUGUACUUGACUGAGAGAAGACUCAUAGACGUGACUUUCUCUUUCUUUCUGAGUCAGGAUCUCUCGUGGCUUCCAAAGCUUGUGGGAUCUCUUCCUCAGUAACCGCCAUGGAAAAAGUGAGGACUGCAGAUGCUGGAGAUCUGAACCUAAGAGUGCUGUGCCGGAAAAGCACAGCCGGUCAGGCAGCAUCCGAGCUCAUUCCUGAAGAAGAGCUUAUGCCUGAAACGUCAAUUCUCCUGCUCUUUGGAUGCUGCCCGACUGGCUGUGCUUUUCUAGCACCACACUUUUGACUCUGAAUAACCGUCAUCCCAGCAUAACGUCUGUCAUGACAUUGCCUUCUGCUCAGCCCUGACACAUUAUGGGCUGAGUAUGGUGUUGCUCCAUACAAGCUAGGGAGAUGGUUUAAUAUUGCAGUAUUAUGAACAUCGAUGUUUGCAUCCGGUGGUUCGGAGCUGGCGUUGAGAACAGUUGAAGGCAGGCUACGUGGGGACAGUGAAGCACUGCCAUAUUUGUACGUAAGUGCAACCGUAUUUUUUUUUUACUUCAGAUGUCAUGAUUAUUUAACUGAGGACCAAGAAAUUCCCAGUGCUGUUAUGUUUGGAACAUAGCUGACCCCAAAAACACCAGUACUGGCUCCCAGAAAUGGUCUUGUUUUCAUGUGGAAGGUGCUUGCAAUUGGAAACUUCAUUCGGUAAGAGAAAGGUGGGAUUUGUUUUCGUUUGAAUGUGACAUAGAGGGAGGUACAGUGCUGAAAUUGAUUAUUGUUAGGUUUGAAACAGUCAUAGAGAUGUACAGCAUGGAAACAUACUCUUCCGUCCAAUUCGUCCAUGUCAAUCAAAUAUCCCAACCCAAUCUAGUCCCAUUUGCCAGCACUUGGCCCAUAUCCCUCCAAACCCUUCCUAUUCAUAUACCAUCCAAAUGCCUUUUAAAUGUUGCAAUUGUACCAGCCUCCACCACUUCCUCGGGCAGCGCGUUCCAUAUACGCACCACCCUCUGUGUGAAAAAGUUGCACCUUAGGUUUCUUUUAUAUCUCGCUCCUCUCACCCUAAACCUAUGCCCUCUAGUUCUGGACUGCCCCACCCCAGGAAAAAGAUCUUGUCUAUUUAUCCAAUGCAUGUCCCUCAUGAUUUUAUAAAGCUCUAGGAGGUCACCCCUCAGCCUCCGACGCUCCAGGGAAAACAUCCCCAGCCUAUUCAACCUCUCCCUGUAGCUCAAAUCCUCCAACCCUGGCAACAUCCUUGUAAAUCUUUCCUGAACCCUUUCAGGUUUCACAGCAUCAGGAUAUUUGGAAUUUCUUGGUAAUUCAUGAGCAAAUUGAUUUGUGCAUUGAGUCAAGACUGAACAGUCACUGCCAUGCAAACCUAAAGAUAGUUGCGUGCAAUGUGUUGGACUCCAGCCAUCUGGAAGACCCAUAGCUCAAUUUGAUUUUUUUUUCCCUUUGCUGAUUUUAGAACGUUAGCUGCUGUGUUUUGUUUCAGCAACUUGUACUGCACUAGUCCCAUCACUUGCUGUUGCUGCUGUGAGGUUCUAAGCUUAGAGCGAAUGAACCUCUGAAGUCACCCAGUCUGAGGGCGUGAAUGCAUCUGACCAGCAGUUAAGUUCAACAAACUCUCCUCAUUCCCUCUGUAACUUUCUUCUGUCACUAACUACCUGCUUUUAUUAAGCCAUUGUUGUUGCUUUUACUUGGAGCGAAAGCUAGGAAGUAGAUAUUGCAGGCAAACCUUCAAAGUCUCGGUAUUUCAUUUGAGCCAUCCUUUUGUUGGUUGACUUUCUCCAGCAGCUGUCCUGCUGGAGACUGUGUGGCUGGUUAGCAGGUCGAGCCUAGACUUAACAUCAAGUAUUGGCUCAUUUCACCCCAUUUCAUACCAAAGCCUUUUAAGAGGAAAGAAAACGUGGAGAGGAUUUUGUUUUAGUUAAGGAAGAAAUUGAAGUAUCUGAUUGCCUUUGCCUCUGUGCUCAGAGUUUAUUCACUUGUUGGUUAAAACUGUACAGAACCCAUUUGUUAUCAGGUAGUACUGUGCUAAUCCAGUUAAUGUGCCCGAACCCGAAGGGUUUAAAAGUAAUUAUUUUCAAUCAUUGGUCUAGAGAACCACUGAGUAGGGAUGACGCAGUGUAUGAAGAAAAUAAAUUUAGGGUUGUUGGUGCCAAUUUUAUAUUUUUAUAUAAUUAUAUAAAUUAUAUGUAAAUGUUUAUAAAAAAAACAGAAAGGGUUGUCUAACUUCCAACUAUCCAGGAAGGUCAGUCUUGUCUGUUAUUACCAUUCGUAAUGUCAUUACAAACAAUAAAUUCAUUGAAUGUCGGGAUAUGAGUGAGAAUUUCAGACAUCCGACGUGUUUGCAGCCGGACGCCUGCAAAAAAAAAGUAUGAAGGGUGGAACUCACUUAACAUGAAGGAGCAUGGUAAGGAGUAACUUAGAGCGAAAUAAUUUAGAGAGCACUGAAAUGCUGGAGUAUUGCAAACUUUCCAAAAAUGUAGUGAAGGGGAAAAAAUAAAUUUGUGAACAAUGCCCCAUCCUUGGAUUCAUGCCAUUUUGUAAGGAAAAGCUGUCUGUCUGAAGUGGAACCUCAGCAGCAAUGGUUACAUAUGAGUGUUCAACCUCCCACCAUCUUUGUGUCUCUUAAGCUGUUUGAAAUGAGGCAGAUAAUUAAACACACGGAUGUCGCUGAAUUGUUUUUGUUGUGACUUAACAAUUUUCUCAGUUGUUAUCUGUCAAGUUGAAUUGACUUUUUUCUCAAUUUUGUUGCCACAAAGAUGUCAAGGUGGCUAAAAUAUUUUAACUGAGGUGUGUGCGCGUGUUCCUCAGCAUCAAUCUUUUAAGAAAAAUGUGUUUCUACUGCAUUUAAAAAAAGUACAAGUACCAAUCUAUUCCUGUGACAAUGCACUCAAGUGUUGUCUCUCCUGCGAAUUCAAAGGCUGGUAGAUUAAUCAAAUCAGGAUACAUUUUUAAAAUUGGACUUCUGUCCUAUUAUCAUUUCUUUUUCCAUAUUAAAAACUAUCCAUGUAAACUUGUUACUCCCUAACAACACACUCCUGCCAGUACUGAUGUGGUAUGACCAGUGGCGAGCAGGUGUGAGUAACCCAGAGUUUCUAUUAGAAAUUGGAGAGGAGUUGGUAAGUACACAGAUAUGCAAAGCUUUUACUGUAUUACUUAUGGUAACUGUUACUUAGAUUUUUUUCAUUACAUUUUACAACCUAGUUCCUAGAUCACUGCAGUCGGUGUUGAGCUAUGGCACAUGUUUGACCAUUUCGCCCAGGUUGUCAAUGGGUGGAAGUUAGCAGUGUUGUUUGGUGGCACGUUUCAUCAGUACUUUGGAUUUAUUCAGAGACUAAAAUAAGUUGGGAGAGGGAGGGGAAGAAAAGUCUCAGAUUCACAAGGCACCUUGUUGCACUUUUUACUGAGUUUCCACAUCAAAGUAAUCUUCGUAAAGUAUAGUACAUAAGGGGGCCAUUUGAGCCAAUGUGUCUCUGCUCUCCUGCCUUUUUCCCCGUAGUAUUGCAAGUUUUACUCCUUAGGUAAGAUUCUAAUGAAAUAUGACUUUUUUUUUUCCAGAUCCUUUAUAAACUCUCCAAAAUAAUGUUUUGAGAGGAUUAAGAAAUAAACUGGUUUUAACAAAAACCUUUUGAAAGAGAAAAUCUUUUCAAUAAUUUUGACUUUUGAAUGAUGUAUCAUAAAUAACCACAUUGCUAUUGAAACUUAUUUGAUUGCCUCAGGGAGGAGGGGGAAGAUUUUUUUUUGUUUCUCAAUCAUGUUAGUUUUUUUUGUCACAGCACCCAAUGGAUUGGAUAAGCAGUGAGGAACCAAAUGGCCUUUUCCUUCCAAGUGCUUACAUGAAGUAAGUGGAAUAAUCUAUUGGCAACAAUGGCCACAACUAAAACAAGAUCCCUUUUAGUGUAUAAUCUGCUAGACAAGAAUUAUUUCUCAGUGAAACGUUUAAACUUUGUUGAAACAUGGGUGAACACUCCACCUCAUACCUCCGCAUUCUUCAGUGCUCCCUGUGACCCACAAUUUCAAUAUAGUGACAGGGAAAUUAUGGGUCUUACCCCUUAAACAACUGGACUAGCAGUGGGAGCAACAAAACAAAUUCCUUUUCACUCAGCAAACGGAAAUUACCAAUUUGCCAAGUAAAAUGACCAAUUUGGGCAGUGAAGUUAUUCAGAUGCAGUGUGGUGAAUAAUCCUGCAUUGCUUUCUCUUAUGCAGCUUUUGUAAUGUGAUGAGUCUUUUAACUAGCAGUUAUUGUUGAUAAAAUUCCAUGGACCAAUAUGAAAGUUGAUGUGGCCUUUGUACAUAGCUCUGAUUUGCUCAAUGUGUUUGGACUUAGACAGCCAGUUGUGGCAUUGUCUUUAUAGGGACUGAGAUGCAGACAUGGGGUAUUGAUGUUUGAUAGCAGUUGAGUCCCAAGGGGUGCAUGUCUUUGAAGAUUUUAAAUUCAGUGUGUGACCAUUGUCCAAUAUCAACAUUUAAUGCAACAAGCAUGAUCUGGGAAUGUUGGAGUUUUAUUUUGCAUCUGUGUACAUUCUGAUAAGCAUUUGGAAAACAUAUUACUAAUUGGAUUAUGAUGUUGCCUAUUAUCAAUAUGGCUUCUCACAGAUAAGCAGCCAAGUUGACUGUCAUUUUUUUGUGUUCUAAAAUGUCCAUAAAUGAACAUUAGAUAAGAAUAGGAUCUUUUUUGGGCAAUGUCAUUCAGUGAUACCCUUUUUUUGUCAAAAGUAAAUGGGCACCAGAGAUGUUGUGCUGGUUGGUGUCCAAUGUCAAUGGCUACAGGAUUUCUAGAAAGAAAAAGAAUUGGGAGGGGUAAGGGGUUGGGUUGGAUCAAGGGGAAACAGGUUGUUGGAGAGGGUAAGAGACAGUUGUUUGAAGACAAUAGUUUGUGGAUUACAUCAGUGAUCCACACUACGUGAGCUGGCAUUUGCAGUCUUACACAGAUAAUGGCACAUGUAACAGCUUCAUUUGAAAAGACUUUUUUUAACUAUAGUACUAGCCAGUGCCCAGUUGCACUAAUGCAAAAUGCCAACUUGAGCAUUUACCUGAGCCAAAGAUUCCUCGAAUAUUGACAUUUUGGAUGCUAAAUAUCACUGCAUAGUAUAAUGGAUAUGAAUAUGCUCUGGAUCCAUGAGAGUGAUAUCUGGAGCAUUAUCUGUUGGCCUGCACAGAACCACACUUGUGAAUGGAGAGCUGCAGUCUGGGAUGGUGUAAUUUGUAAAUGAGAAUAACAGUAUUUCUGCAUUUUUCUGUUUAUGUGGCUCUGUUGAGAAUGCCACAGCUUGUCUGUAAAAAAAAAAAAUCAGUUGAUGUGAAAUGUUUGUAUGUACAAAUUAAAUAAUGAAUCAUUUAA